ACCUCCUACCCCUUCCCCACACUCCUCCUCCUCUCUAAAUGCCUCGUCAUGAAAGAAAUGUAUUAAAAAAUAUUUCAUGAAAGAACAAGAGAGCGAGGGGGGAGAGAAAGAGGGGGGCCACUAUAAGGUUUUUCCAAGGCGCGGAUAUUUCCAGCAGAUAUUUAUUUCCCCCUGUAGGGCGCCCUGAGCCAUCCAUCCCUCCCACCUCCCGAGUGUUUCUAUAGUAAUUUCCAGCCAAUGAUCAGUAGGUGUCCACAUCCCUGCUUCCUCACCUCAGCACCAAUCAGCCACACACAGCGACAGGAGACGCGGACCGAGCGCAGAGCGACCAGGCAGGCAGGCAGGCAGGCAGGCAGGCAGGCAGACGCUCACAAUACAGCCCCCGGAUCAAGAGGAGAGGAAACACCUAACACCCCCCCUCUUUAUAUCCUCGCUCUUUCCGGCGAUUUCUCUUCCCCACCUCCGCGACACCUUUUUGUUUUUUGUUUUUUUUUUUCUUUGUUUUUUUUUUUUGUGUGUGUGUAUGGUUUAUUUUGGAGGGACCUCAUUCAUGCACUUUUACGACCUUUCUUCUUUUUUUCCUCCUUUUUUUUCUUCUUCUGUCCUAACGUGACAAGAAAGUGGAUAAAAAUGCUCCUUUUGUUUUGAGCGCUCUGAACGCACCGCACGCGCAGAGGGGGAAAAAAAACACUCUCGCGCCCCGCUUUUUUUUUCUUUUUUCUUUUUUUUUUUUGCAGCCCGUGUCUGCGCGUCUUUUCUCUCGCGUCUUUCGCUGUUAUUUUUCCUCUCUCCCCCCCUCCUCCUCUCCUCUCCUCUCCUCUCCUCUCGUCUCUUCUACCCCCUCGCAUCGCCUCGUAAUGUUUCGGUACACGGUCGCAGGCUGGUAGCAUCUUGGGGGAGCUUCUUCUCAACAGGAAAACCUGCUCUGGAGGAGACAGACCAGGAUGGUAGCACACUGUUCGUAACCAGCUUCAGUUCUACGAAGGCCGCUGUAACCAUCGCUCUUUUCUCCGAAACACUGACAGCCAUCCCUCAGCCAUGUCUAACAUAAACAAUGCUCUUUGUAUUGAAAACGGACAGAACGCAGAUGUGUCUCUCUUACAAAAGGAUAAUCUUCAGGAUGGUGGAUUAAGCCAGCUUUUGGAUUAUAAUGCAGAAAUGGAAAGGUACAGGUCUUUUGCAAACUUUUAUAAAACCAAUGGGGCAUUUCCACAGACUGCUAAGAUUGCCCGCAUCACAACGCCCAUUUUUCCCAGUGCCAGAAUUGGCAUGUCCCCUUGGAACUGCGAUAACGCCAUGCUCUGGGGAAGGAAAUCAGCGGCAAUAAACCCUAAUAGGACCAGCAUGCAUAGAAAUGACUCCCAGAGGCCGGGGAAGCCUGGCGUGCCGCCAGAGACGCUGCAAAUGGCAAAUAAUAAUUUCCUCUCUACCUUAUCCCCCGAACACUGCAGACCUUUAGCAGGAGAAUGCAUGAACAAGCUGAAAUGCGGCGCUGCUGAAGCAGAGAUAAUGAAUCUCCCAGAACGCGUUGGAACUUUUUCCGCUAUCCCGGCUUUAGGGGGCAUCUCAUUACCUCCCGGGGUCAUCGUCAUGACAGCCCUUCACUCCCCCGCAGCCUCAGCAGCCGUUACAGACAGUGCGUUUCAAAUUGCCAAUCUGGCAGACUGCCCACAGAAUAAUUCCUCGGUAUCCAGUGGAAACCCAGCGAAGAAGAAAAGGAAAAGGUGUGGGGUCUGUGCACCCUGCAGGCGGCUAAUCAACUGUGGUGUCUGCAGCAGUUGUCGGAACCGCAAAACGGGCCACCAGAUCUGCAAAUUUAGGAAAUGCGAGGAGCUGAAGAAGAAGCCAGGCUCGUCGCUGGAGGUGAGAGCCGGGGCUCUGCUUCCCCUUCUUUUGUUAUUAUCCCCUUGCACUCCAAAGCAUUAACCUUUUCAUCCAGUCACGUUCUAAGCCCUUGAAAAUUGUUUCCAUGCCCACCCAUGCCUGAACAUCCCCCCGGCUUCUCAAAUCUGCCUACCCGCCUAGCCUAAUUGGCAGUAAUUAGGGGUGUUUGUGUGGAGCGCAAGCUGAGCUUGGCUCAGACACCCCUAAUUGCUGCCAGUCAGGCUGGGGCUGGAACGCAUCCGAACAACCCCGAGCUUGGCUCAGCUCCAAGCAGGGCUGGGAAAUGGUUUUCAGCAGAGAGCCAUCCCUCUCUGCACCCGGUCAUUUUAACCAAUUAUGGAAACCGUCUCUGGAUGGGGAGAAUCAAUAUCCCACAAAGCCUCAGCCUCCGACCACCAAGAGAUGCUGAGAGUGAUGGCAGGGGCUGCUGAUGGUGUUUCUCAAAACAUCCCCCAGGUUUUGUGCGGGGAGCGGGGAGAGAGGCGCCCCUCUCCCACCGAUACUGUAGGAAAUGAUCAUGCAUAUACAGUAGGGCUGUGAUGAAGUCAUUGUAUAUCAUAUUCGUGUCAUUAUGGUCGAUUAGGGAUGUCAAGAAGAGUGUGGAGGCAGAAACAAACAUUGUCACUUAGCAGAGUGAAAAAAAAAACACAUUAAGAGGCUUAAUUGAGAAGUAGGAAGCGGCUUGAUUAGGACACAGUCAGAGGACAGUGUUGUUUUUUAAAAGGUUCCUUUUAAUUGAUUUAUUUCCGGGCUGACAUUUGGUCAGCUCGGGCGAAGACAGAAUAUGAAUGUUUCGGUAGCAGACGUGGUUUCUCUUUAGUCUGAGAGUUUGAACUUGCUCGCUGACUUAACAUGAGCCUGUAUGGAUGAGUCACCAAUAAAGGCAACCUGGGGGCCAGAUGAUUUGCUCAUUAAUUAAGUCAUUACACGGGGAGGAAAAAGAGGUUAAUUAUAAAGUAUUACCUAAUCUGCACAUAGGAAAAAAACAACACCACGUAUGGAUUCCUUUGUUCACUCUGAAUUGGUGCCCUCGGUUCUGCAUACAGGUGUGAUUUUGCUCAUGUUUCAUAAUGUUUACUUCAGCUCCGUAUGGAAGCAAUAACACGGUCAACGCAAAUGCUGAAGCUUCUUCCUGACCGAGCACCAUGUGACAUAACUCGUUAUUAUUUAUUCAUGUGAUUGUCGUCAUUUAUGCCUCGUGCACUCUAUAAUCUAGCGGAGGUUUUUCUGUUAAUUCAGUCCAGGCUUUGACAGCACACCACCCACAGCUUAUAUCCCUGAUUAAAAUUUUAGGAACUUUUGAUGAGUUUGACAGGAGGCCCAGGCAUCAAAAAACCUUCAAAAUCCAGCAGAAAUCAAGAGACUAAAUUAGGUUUUUAACCUCUUUAACCCCAAAACAGCAGGUCAGGCUGUUACAAGCGCACAUUGUGCAGACAAGAUCUGUUCAAACCUACAGAGCUUUAUUUAACAUCGAGUUGAGAUUCCAAAAGUUUCCAAAAGUUCUUCAACAGGGAGUGUUUUCUUUUUUCAGAAAACAUUUGUUACUCCAGGUAUUGUCAGUCCAGGGAGAUCAUUACAAACUGUUACGAGGAGAAAUCAUCGUGUUUCGAGACUUUUCCUGGAAAUGAGUGUCUGUAUUUUCACACAAGAAAGUAUAAGAAAGGUUAGCACUAGAAUCAGGGACGCUGGGAGCCAUUCACAGUCGGGGGCGCCGAGAGAUCAGUCUUCAUACUGUAAUGACAUCAUUGUAAAUUGUGUGCGACAUUCAUGUAUUUCAUAUGAAUUAUAAUUCAGAGGGAGAGAAGUUCCCCAGACUCCCUCGUGAUAUCUCUCCUUUUCGUGAGUUGUUGCGUUGGGAGGAACCCUGUCUAAGACAAAUUCUUAAUUAUUCUAUUUAUAUAGUUCGUACACCUGACUGGUCAAGUAACAAGCUUCAUGAUCAAUAACAAUGAUCGAUUGACUUUGUUUUCAU